AUGUCGAUUAGUCCUGAUGAGUUACAUACUAAACUACAAUUUAAUGUUCAGACAAACAAUAGAGAAUUACAUCAAUCAUGUAAUGAUCAAUCAAAGCUUACUGUUAAUUUAUCUGUUAGCUCUCAUGGGUUGCCAGACUCUUAUGAUAUGCACACUAUUGGUGAAAAGACUAGUGAGUGUGAAAUGUUUUCACCAGUUGAAAGGAAUCAGUCAGUUGAUAUAAGCAAGAAUUUGUAUUCGAAACCCCAACCCACAAAAAAACAACUGAUAAGUCCAAGUGUUUUUAUGAAAGCUCCAAAACCAACGACACAGCCAUCUAAAAAUAAUUUUGAUCUGCCUAUUCAAGAAGCAAUAAGAAAAGAUGCUCUGCCUUCUUAUAUAUUGAAUAAUGAUCCAGUUGGAAUCUGUCAUAUCAUAAGCAAUAACUUUAAAACGACCGUUAUAUCUGAAGAUAAUAAAGAAUUGCCUCCCCGGAACGGUACUGAAAAAGAUGUUAUAGAGUUAAAAAAAGUAUUUUUAUGGUUAAAUUUUAAAGUUGAAGUUUAUUUGGACGAAGAUGUCAAGAGCAUACUAGAUAUUAUUAAAAAGCCCCCUACUUCGAAUGAAAAUCAGCAAGCUAUUGAUUGCUUUGUGUGUUGUAUUUUAUCACAUGGUUUUACAGAUGGUGUGUAUGGAAGUGAUGGUAAAAAACUGAGAUUUAGUGAUAUGCAAGCUGCUAUUAAUGGCAAUUCUGCUAAAUGGUUAAUUGGUAAACCAAAACUUUUUUUUGUUCAAGCUUGUCAGGGAGAUAGAGAAGAAGUUGAGAUAUGUGUUGACUCUGGUAUCCCUAAUGACCAGAAAAAUACAAAUUCAAAUACUGAGACAAGUUUAUCAGAAAAUGCUGACUUUUGCUUUUCUGUAGCUGCUAUUUCAGGUACUGUGUCUUGGCGCCAUUCUAAUAAUGGUACAUGGUACAUUCAAACACUUUGCUCUAUAUUAAAAGAAUAUGCGCACAGUGAAUCACUAUUAGAUAUGUUAACCAUGCUUAACUUAAAGAUAGCUAGAAAAAAGGAUAUAAUUAAAAGUUCAAAAGCGGUGGCAAAACAAAUGUCUACGAUACGACUUAUGACUUUGACAAAACGCUUUGUAUUUAAACCAAAGGGAAAGUUUAUCGAACCUGCUUUUAUAUCAACGGAUCAAGCAGACAUUGAAUAUGAUAUGAAAAAUUUGGUGCUUAAUGAGAAACAGUAAAUUUAUAGAUUUAUUUUCUUUUUAAAUAUCGUGAAGUGUUUUACAGAGAAAAGAAUUUUUUUUUUAAAGAAUUUUUAACGGAUUUUCAAUUUCCUGUUGAUUAUUGACGAGUCAAUAGUUUAUAUUUAUUUAAAUGUAUUUAAUAUAAAUUUCUUGCUAAACACUGCAAAUGAUUUAUAUAUUAUAAUUUUUUAAAAUACUUUUUUUAUACUUUAAUUUACAUAUUUAUGUAUUUUUUAUAGUUAUUAUAAUUAUAACUAUGAAAAAUAUAUAUUUUUUAAAUUCAAUAACACUUAAAUAAAAGUUCAAGUAAAGUUUGUCAUUAAAUAUCAAUAUUUUAUAAUUGAAAUGAGGUAUCAUCCUGAAAUUCGGUAUAUAGACAAUCUUCAACAUGGUGGAUUCAAAUAACAAUUGACAAUUUUUUUAGACUACUUUAAUUACAUUUAAAUUGAAUAAUAAAGGCAUAUAUUUUGGGGUAUUUUUAUAGUCAAAAUGGUGAUGUCAACUUUUUUUUAAAGAUUUUUUUAAGAUUUUUUUUUUUAAGAUUUUUUUUUUGUGGCAUUUUUACAACUUAUAAUAUAGGUAACAAACAUCACAAUUAAUGUGUAAGUUCACAUUUUAUAAAAGUUUGCUUUUAUUGUUAGUUGACUGUGGAACGUUUUUAUUUAAUAAAGAUUCCCAAUAGGCUUUAAAAAAAGGCUAUUAUGUAUUAUUCAUAUUUUAUAAAAUUUGUAUGUUACCUUAAAACUUGUAGAAUGUUAUUUUUUUAUUUAUAUACAAUGUAAGGUUCUGAUUUAAACAUUAACGAAAAGUAAACAACAA